UUCGGACAAGCCGAUGUCAUGGAAUGAAGGCUAUUCGCUACUUCCGUAUUCUCUGCUUGUUCGCUCUCAUCCGAGGGCCUUCAAUGUCGCACGUAGCUGGCAUGGCCAUCGACCUGUCUGUCCAAAUGUCUGCGCCAGGUAGAUGCGGAGCGCCCCUUCGGCCAGAUCCUAUCUGACCGCCUUCUAAACCACAUCGACAAUGAUGAACUUCGCCUCUCUCGCCGCAGUCUGCUUCCUCGCUGCCCUCGCCUGCCUCGUUGUCGCGCAGGACCCGACAGCCCCGGGCUGCGCCUCGUGCGUCUCGGACAUCUGCAACAAGAUGGGGCCCACGUUCUGCUGCACCCUCGAGGACGGUUUCACGUUCCCGGAGUGCUACAAGGAUGGCGCGACCGAUUGCGAGGACGAGGAUGAGAUGAAGGCGGCGCUGGUGAACUUCUGCCCGCCCGAGGCCUGAAGGAAGGUAGUCGACGAAGGAGAGAGUAAGGGGGCAAGGAGACGGCGUGAAGGCCUGGACUGGUGAAGGGGUUCGGGCGUGUAGGGAGUAGCGGGAAUGCGGGUUGGGCGAAGUUGAACGUAUUGUUG